AUGGACCUGUCUGUAAUUUCCAUAGAUGAUAAGUAUAUUGUGGAAGAUGAAAGUGUACCAGUACCUAUUGAUAGAAUCCUGUUACCUAUAAGAACGUUACCAGACCUUGAGUUUCCAGAUAAUUUAAAAUCCCAUACUGAAUAUAAUCGUAAUUUAGUACGCGAAAAGAAUAAAUUGAUUCAAUUACCCUGUCAACCUAAUGUGGUUACAUUGUUUGAAAACUACAUUAGAUAUUUAGCAAGAAAGAACUUUAGUGAUAAUAAAACAACAAAAAGAGAAAGUCAACCUGAAGUACUUAACAAAGAACAACUAGAAAUACGUUACACACUUUGCGUUGAAACAUUAGAUGGUGUGAGGAUUUGUUUUAACACUUUCUUAUUUGAAAUGUUGUUAGUUAACAAAGACGAACAAGCCCAAUACCACGAAGCAUUAAAAAUGACUCUCCAACCACCUCAAAACAAUAUUAUUUCACAAAAUGGUGAACAAGACUAUGAUAAUGUACCAAAUUACGAAGAAUUGGAAAGCAACGAUAACAAAAAUAAUGUUAAAGCUAAACGGGGAAACACACACAAACCAACCAGUCAAUAUGCUAGUUCUGAUAUCAGUUUAACAAAAUCUCAUUGUUCAAAAACUGUAAAAGAUACAUUUGAAAAAGCCUGUGAUGAGUAUGUAUUAAAAGCAGAUUCUUGGAAAGCCGUCCCUGACAGUACAUAUGAUGAAGAAAUAAAACAGCCAGCUGUUGUAUACGGUGUAUACCAUCUUUUAAGGCUUUUGGAAAAUUUGCCAAAAAUAUUGGCACGCACUAAAAUAGACGAUGAAAGACUUUCAGUUGUGUAUUCAUACUGUAACGGACUACUGAAGUACCUCUCAACUCAAACGUAUUUGUUUGAAAAACAAGAUGGAUGAUACAGAAAAAUCAAGUGCUCCUAUUGGAAAUUACAUAAACCAUAAGAAUAUUUAAGUUUUUUCAAGGGACCCUUAUAUACAAAUAAAUAUAAAUGUUCAUAGAGUGGGUACAUUAAAUAACUGUAAAUUAUUUAUGAACAUUAUAAGUUAAUAUACAUUAACUUAUCUUUUUACUAGUACAUACAAUUAAGAAUUUAAAAAACUUUUUCUAUUGUUUACGCACAAGAAUUUUUUUUAUAAUAGAGUAUCAAAUGCCUUUUUAUAACAAAUUAAUAAAAUAAUUGUAUUAGUUUGAAAAUUAAAUCUAAUUUAAAUUGUGUGAUAACUGAUGAGUAUUCAGUAUUCUUAAACUUAACUAAUUAAAUGUUCUAUGUGACUAUUGACUAUGUACCUUUAGAAUUUUUUUACCAUGAAGCCCAUAGCCUUCUAAUCGUCUUUGCGUCAACUUUUGCACCAACAUUUUCCAACAUCACUAUUGAUUUUACUAUAAGUUGAGCUAAUAAUACAAUACCUAUAAUAGAAAUAGAGAGAUACAAUGUAUUACAAUAUGAUACAUAAUAUUAUGUGAUAUUUUUGUUUAAACCAACUAAAAACUACACAUAUCAAAAUCACUCAUUAUUCUCAAAAUAGU